AAAUUUCUACACGUGCCCACUCUCAAUUUCCACGCCGGAACUUCCUCCAUUCUCUCUCUCUCUCUCUCUCUCUCUCUCUCUUUACUUCUUACUUCUGCUAUUGCAUCUCACAAGUCACAACCCAAACACUCAAUUUCUCCAAACCCUAGAAAAUGAUACCAAAAAUAAACUACCUUCAAAAUUUGAAUCAAACUCUCACACGUUUUCCUUAAAUUGAAUCUAAAUUUCAGUUUUUACCACCAAAACACCAUCUGGGUCACUCUUAAAUUCCGCAAUAAAUAUACAUAUAUUUUUUUUAAAUAAAAUUUUGAAAAUUUGAAAGUUGUGGGGUUGUAAAUAAUGGGGGCGGUGACGUCAUCGAUGGCGGCGAAGUUCGCGUUUUUUCCUCCGAGUCCGCCGUCGUAUGAGGUGGUGGAGGAGGAGGAGGAGGGCGGUGGUGGUGGUGGUUGUGGAGGAGUGAAGCUGAAGCUGAGGAUGUUGGGAGGGGUGGAGACUAGGAGGGAAAACGGCGACGUGUUGAGGCUGAAAACGAAGAGAGGGAACGAGGUGGUGGCGGUGUACAUGAGGAACCCAUCGGCGUCACUGACGGUGCUUCAUUCGCAUGGCAACGCAGCUGAUCUGGGUCAGAUGUAUGACUUGUUCACUGAACUCAGUAUUCACCUCCGAGUCAACUUCAUGGGGUAUGAUUAUUCAGGGUACGGGCAAUCCUCUGGGAAGCCGAGUGAGCAGAACACAUACUCAGACAUAGAAGCCGCAUAUAGAUGCCUGGUGGAGAAGUAUGGCACAAAAGAGGAAGAUAUUAUUUUGUAUGGGCAAUCAGUUGGUAGUGGGCCCACUUUAGAUUUGGCUACUCGGUUACCGAAUUUGAGGGCUGUAAUUCUCCACAGUCCGAUCAUGUCUGGCCUCCGUGUCAUGUAUCCAGUGAAGAGGACAUACUGGUUUGACAUUUAUAAGAAUAUUGAUAAAAUACCCCUUGUCAAAUGUCCGGUUCUGGUAAUUCAUGGAACUGCUGACGAUGUUGUUGAUUGGUCCCAUGGUAGGAAACUUUGGCAGCUCUGUAAAGAGAAGUAUGAACCAUUAUGGAUUAAAGGAGGGAAUCAUUGUGACUUGGAGCUUUUCCCACAAUACAUAAAGCAUCUCAAGAAAUUCAUAUCAGCCAUUGAGAAAUCACCACAUCUGAGAAAAGGAUCUGGGCCAAUUACAGAUCAACUAGAAAAUCCCAGGAACAGCACAGAUUGUAGAGAGAAAUCCAGAUCCAGCACAGAUCAUAGAGAGGAGAGGUCUCGACCGAGUACUGACCAGAGAGAAAAGCCAAGGCUGAGCACAGACCGGAGAGAGAAAUCAAGAACCAGUAGUGAUAAGAGAGAGAAAUCAAGAAAGAGCAUUGAUCGGUCUAUUAAAGUUCACAAUGGCGUGGACCGCGUGGACCAGCUGGAGAAACCAAGGAACAGCUUUGGGGACAUUGUGAGAUCAGUCGGAUUAUGCAAUAUUGAUUGUUUCAAGCCCACAGCUACUAAUUUAUGAAGAAGAUAUCAGAUAAGCCUACAUAUUGAAGUGAUUCAUUAUGCUGAUUCUUGAGCACAGGGACCCUGCCUGUAAGGGCUGUUAACGCUCAAGGUGAUUGGCACUGAUGGGCUACCAUGGCUUGAAUCUUUUGUGAAUGCGGUAUCUGAUCAAAUGAAUGUGUUUCUCAUUCCUUCCUCUCCAACUUUAAGUUCACUGCAAAUUCUGAUCGGUUCACUCCAAGAGGGUAUUGGGACCCUUAUCUAUAAGCAAAUAUUGUUGUUUAAUGUCAAAGUACGUACCAUUCGAGAUUAGAAGCGCGGGGAAAAUUUUAUUGGCUCAAUCAAUGCAAUUGCAUAUAUUGUUGAAUUUAAUUGAAAAAAAGUCAUUUAUGA